AUGCGACCUGUAAAAAACUGGACCACUUGCACCUUUGUUCAACUGGACAUCAUUUUGUUUGGUAUUUUGGACGUGGAUGAGAAGUCUCAAACUGUCACAAAUCACCUCUGGGUUAGCAUGUAUUGGACAAAUGAAUUCCUAACUUGGAAUCCUUCAGACUUUUGUGGGAUAAACCAGCUGACCAUUCCAAGAUCGCUGAUUUGGAUUCCAGAUGUAAUCAUCCGAGAGGAUGCUUCUGACACUGGGACUGUUAUUAAAGGUCCACUUCUCACCCUGAAUUCCAGCGGUUGGGUGUUUUCAAAGGUCCAGCAGCGGCUUACUUACACUUGCCAACUCAAUCUCGUAAAGUUCCCUUUUGAUACCCAAAGUUGUAACAUCACAUUCACACCCAUGAACUCGGACGUACAUACUAUGAAGCUAGGAACAUUAAAGAAUGACACGGCCCUCACUGCACUCUCUGAGAUGGUCAUGAUCACAAAGGGAGAGUGGUCACUCCAAAACAUGGAAGUCAUCCGGGACAUGACCGACGCCAUGAAUGGAACCAAAAGCUACCUCAUAUACACGAUCACACUGGAGAGGAAACCACUGCUUUAUGUAGUCAACUUUAUCAUCCCCCUGUCCUAUUUGCUGGUGCUGGACCUGGCUUCCUUCUUCAUCAGUCAGUCCAGCGGUGAAAAGCUGAGCUUCAAAGUGACGAUCCUCCUCUCCAUCUCCGUCCUACUGCUGAUUCUUCAGGACAUGCUGCCCUCCACUGAAGAUUCCCUGCCGUGGAUUGCUAUCUACUGUGUUGCAAUCUUCGCCCUGGUGGGGAUCAGCGUCCUGGAGGCCAUGCUGGUGAGCUUCUUAACUGAGCUCGGUCAUCACUGUGGUAAAGAGGCUGAAGGAUCUGAAAAUGCCAGAGAAGAUGUUCAGCUGAAGGAAGACUUUCACAAAGAGCCUUCUGGAGAUGAAAGAGGCCAGAUGACACCAGAGAACACCUACUUGCCUUUGAAUUGGCCAGUUGCCCGUGACCUGCUGAAAGGAAUCCUGGUUGAAGUGAAGGCAGCUCGAUUACAAGCUGGAAAUAAGGACAAAGAAAAGACAGAGCGAGGAUGCUGCAAAAGUCUGGCUCUGACCGUCGACUAUGUGUUCUUUAUCCUAUAUUUUAUCACUGUGGUCUUCUUUCUGAUGACUGUUUAUGUCAGCUGGAUUGUAGGACCAUAAAAUGUGACGGAUGUGAUCAGAUGCUGUGUGCUUAAUCAACGAGUGCAUGCUCUUAGAUUUGAAUGUGAUAAACUUUUGAUAAUAAAUUAUCACCUGGGCAGUGAAGGAACGACCACACUGCUUUUUUUAACCUCAUAUUAAUUAGCUCAUCGACAUUUCUGCCCUUUAUUCAGUAUAGAACAGAUCUUACUCAUAUCUGCAGACGUAAACUAAUAAUCUCCUUACACUUUAUUGCAUGAGAAUAAUAAACAGGUUUAAAUGCUGAGUCUGACGUGGAAAUGAAUGGGGAAAUUUUCUGGUUAAAAAUUAAGUUUGGAAACAAGAAUAUUUGAUUGUGUUUUAAACAUGUCAUAUACUUU